AACAGUAAUGCGCCUCUCAAUAAUCAUAUUAAAAAUAAAACCACAAGAUAUCAAAAUUUUAAUAAAUGUAAAUAUUGGAUGUGAAUAUGAGAAUAACAUGUUCUUUGGUACUAAAUAUUGUACAAAUGGCAUCACUAAUUUCAGUCCCAUAAAUGUAAAAUAACACAAACGCGUCGUAACCUUCUGAAAGUAUAAGAAAAUACAUACGUGCAUAGACGUAUGGUGACGUGCCGUAACAACACAAAAACAAUCGUAAAAUGCUGAUUAUUAAGGAAAAACAAAAUAUACAUAAUUAAUCGUAAAUUAACGUAGAGAUUUUUAAUAUUUCGUAACUAUAUCGAAGUUUAAAAUCAAAAAAUAAACUUUUUAAUAGAGCACUAACAAAAAAUAAUAUUAGCACACGAUGGACGACGAAAAAUUAAUUUUUCUUGUUCAAGAGAAAAAUGAAAUUUGGAACAAGUACAAUCCACUAUACAAAUCAAUUGACAGAAAAAAGGAAGCUUGGAUCGAAAUAGCUCAUGAAAUGGAAUCAACAGAGGAGGAAGCAAUAAGAAGAUGGACAAGUCUAAGGGAUCGGUUCACACGAGAGAUAAAGAAAAGAGAACAAUCAUCCGAAUCUGAUACGAAUAUACAUUUCUGGCCCUACUUUGAGAUGAUGGAAUUUUUAAGGCCUCAUAUAUCAUCUAGACCACUCCGAGGCAGAGGACAAAGUAUUCGAAUGUCAUCUUUAUUUAAGAAGCGUUCACCUCCACCUUCGCCAGCUCAGCAUUUACCAAAUACGUCACCAUCUGUAUCGCCAACAGCUUCACCCGUUAACUGUGAAGAGUUUACCCAAAUAUUUGAUGAUCCAUUGAUUGAACCACCAUUGCGGCAUAAAAAGUUUAAAACGUCUAAUCCUGAUGUUGAUAAAAGUUUUUGUGAAGCUGUAGAAACUUUGAAAAAAGCCUGUGAACUUAAUGAAGCUAGACAUGCUAAUCCUGCUGUUCAUGCAUUUGGGGAAAUGAUUGUAUCUACAAUAUGCAGCAUGAAUAGUCGGAACCAAAUAAAGGCUAUGCAGCAAGUAACAGACAUGGUGAUGAGAAUAAAACUAGAAGAAGAUGAAUUAUUAGAGCAUGUUACAUAUUCUACGCUUUAGAAUAUAUUUCCACCUUUAAAUACACACAUUCGAUUGUACUUACCAAAAACCAAUUAAGAGGAAAUUUUAUUUUAUUAUGUAUUCGAAAUAAAAAAUAUUUUCCUACCUGAUA